AUGGCAGGCAACAAGGACGAGGAAGUGGAGGCGCUCGAGGCGCUGAGGGACAAGUCGGCAGAGCUGGUGCGUUUCUUGGAUAAUAUCAACGAGAAACUUUUGCUGAUGAAUGAGCAGAAUGAGACGUCGCUGCGUGUGCUGGAGAACUGGUCCAGCGUCAUCGCCAUCUCCAAAGUCAGCUCGGCGUCGACGGCCGCCGCAGCAGCAGGAAAAACGCAGGCAGAGAAGGAGCUUGUCCGGACUUCAAUUUAGCUACCGAGUUGACUACAUGUAUUUGUUGCCGCACAA